AUGGCUAGUGAUGAGGGUUUUGAAGGUUACCAUGUCCCACAACAAAGUAGAAGAGAUAAGCUUAGAGUUGUUGUGGCUCAAAACCAACAACCUCAUGAGCCUUUACUUCCUUUCUACGAUUCAUCUUUCAUUACUAGCUUCUCUAACCAACAAGUUUUGAAACCAAAUUCAUGUUCUUCUUCUAAUUCUAUGAAAGAUUUAGAAUGUUCUAAUUUCAUGAUGCGUUUUUCAAGAGAAGAAGGUAAAAGGGUUAUGAAUAGUAAUAAUAAUAAUAAUAAUAAUAAUAAUAUUUCUCCUUCUCCUUCUUCAUCUAAUCAUCCUUAUUAUGAAAGUUUGAAUCAUAGUAGUAACCCUUUUCUCUACCAAGCACAAAACAUUCAGAAUCUUAGAAAUUUUGAUGAAGUACAAAAUUGUAGUAGUAGUACUAGUACUAUGAUGUUGAACCAUGAGCCUUUGUCUUUAUCACUUUCAUCUAAUAAAAGUGUUGGUAAUAAUAAUUUGCCUUUGGAGUUGAAUCUUCAAAGAUAUGGAUCUGUGAUUUAUGGUGGUGGAGGUGUGAUUCAAGGGCUGGUUGAUGGUGGAGGAAGUGGUGGUUCAGUUCCUUUUACUGGCUAUGCUUCUGUUUUGAAGGAUUCUAGGUUUUUGAAACCUGCUCAAGAAUUGUUGGAAGAGAUGUGUGAGGUUGGAGGAAGAAAUGUUUGUGGUGAAAAGGUUGUGGUUAUGGCAGAUUCUUCUUUGAUGAUGGAGUCUCCUUUGGAAAGAUUCAGUGAAGAAGAAGAUCCAUUUGGUGAUGGUAGAAAUAAAUCAAGACUCUUAACUAUGCUUGAUGAGGUUUACAAGAGGUAUAGACAAUACUACCAACAGAUGCAAUCAGUGGUAACGUCGUUCGAGUACGUUUCGGGUCUCAACAACGCAGCUCCGUACGCAAGUUUGGCGAUAAAAGCCAUGUCAAAACAUUUUAGAUGCUUGAAGAAGGCAAUUACUGACCAACUUCAGUCCAAUAACAAGGCUCAUUUUCACUCGAGCAACAGGAGGGACGAAUCUACGAGAUUUGGAAGUAACGAAAGAGGAAGUCCUUACAGCCACAGGUCAGGUUAUCUUGAGCAGCAGCAACAACCUGUUUGGCGACCUCAGAGAGGACUUCCCGAGCGUGCUGUCACUGUUCUUAGAGCUUGGCUGUUUGAACACUUUCUGCAUCCAUACCCUACCGAUACAGAUAAGAUAAUGUUAGCUAAACAAACCGGUCUAUCACGUAGUCAGGUGUCGAAUUGGUUCAUAAAUGCGAGAGUAAGGCUUUGGAAACCAAUGGUGGAAGAAAUACACAUGUUAGAAACUAGACAAGCAGCCCCAAAAGAUUCACAACAGAAGGAAGAAAAUUCUCGAAACAAAUCAAAUGAUCAACACCAUUUGCCUUCAGAUACUUCUCUACAAUCGGAGAAUCCGGCUACCUCAACUAGUAAGUUUCCUGACUCAUCAUCUUACAAGCGCGUCAUAAACGAAAUUCCAAACAUACCAACUAGGACUCAAGGGCAACAACAUCAUCAACAACAACAAAUGAAUCUACCUUUUCAGCAAGUAGGUGUUGGAGUGAACAUGGGAAGUGGAAGCAACACCAACAAUAAUAAUAGUAAUAGUAAUGUGUCAUUGACACUAGGACUUUAUCAAAAUCAUGGAAUUGGUUUAGCUGAACCAUUUCCAUUAAGUGCUGCUCAACGUUUUGGUCUUGGUCUUGAAACCAAUAAUGAAGGUAAUUAUGUUAUGAGUGGUUUUGAAUCACAAAAUAGGCAUUUUGGAGGGCAAAUGUUUCAUGAUUUUGUAGGAUGA